AUUGCAAUGUCAAUAUUAUAUAUUAGCCUAUAUUAUCAUCUAAUCAAUGAGUCUGUAUUUUUUUUUCUUCAGAAAAGGGAACCUUACCUAGAGCACCCGAGGCAGCACAGCUCUCAAGACGUGUCAACCCCUCUUUGUGUAUCGUCCAAUCAACAGGAGUCCUGCUCUCUACUUCCGCUGGUAAUUGGGGGGAGAUGGGAAAGGCGUGCGCACGCAUGGCACAGGGUAAACACUCGCUUCCAGAGAUGAACGGGUAGAAGUGUCAGAUGGAAGGAGAAAAAGAGUGAAGGAAGAAAAUAGAUAAAAUCAUUUAUGUAGACCAUUUGGAAUUGUGUAGUUUCCAACACUUCAGAUUCGAAGAGCAGAAGCGGAGAAGAGUGGUGUCUUUCCGACAAGCCUCCUUCGAUACGGAUCCUAGAAGAGAGCGUCCUUUUGUGGGAGUUAACUGAAUAUAUACGUCCAGCAGAAAACCAAAACUUUUCAUAUUUUAAUUCUUAAAAAUAAAAUAAAAAUCCUACGGAAUGCAUAAAGAUAAUUUUCUAUUCACCAAUCGCUGCCUUUAAACUGGUGGAACGUGAAUACAUUUUCAUAGGCCUACUAAUAGAUAAACAAAACAUCAACUUUUAUAUGCAUUUUUGUUAAUCUUUUCGAUGGAUUAGUUGGCAUUUUUUUUAUCUCCAUUUUAUGGCAUAGUAUAACAUUCAACACGCUUUCUCAACAUUUUUAAACAUUUUUAUUGGAUUAGAGCACUCUGUUUGAGAAGAUAAAUUGAUCCAACGAGGGAAGAGGGAGAUCAAUCACAGGCUUUAUGGUUUGGGGAAUGGCAACAGCCACCUCCAGUCCAUACCUGGCCAGCAAUAGGAUCCUGUCCACCGGCUCCAUCGUGCACUCAGACCGGGGGGUCGGUGACAUGCAGCCGGGGAGCACCGCUGUCACCUCGGUGUCGGACGGAUACAGAGGGGACUCUUCGGUGAAGAUGGUGCAGAGUGACUUUAUGCAGGGCGCUAUUGCGACGAGCAACGGGGGACACAUGUUAAGCCAUGCCCACCAGUGGGUGACAUCCCUGCCACACGCCGCCGCUGCAGCAGCCGCAGUGGCAGCUGCCGAAGCCGGUUCUCCCUGGUCUCCCGGCCCGGUGGGAAUGAGAGACAGCCCGCAGCUGCAGGACGUGAAGAGAAACUCCGGCAGAGAGGACCUGCACUCGGGCUCCGCUCUACACCACAGGUCUUCGCAUCUGGGCUCCCACCAGGCACACCCAGGAGCCUGGGGAGGCACCUCAGCCGCUCACAUAUCCAGCAUCUCCGAAGGACAGCAGCAGCAACAGUCGCUGAUUUACUCCCAGCCCGGGGGAUUCACGGUUAACGGGAUGCUCAGCUCACCGGGUAGUAGAAGCCUAAUGCACCCGGGGAUGGUGAGGGGGGAAUCCCCUGAUCUCGACCACGGCAGCCACCAUCAUCACCAUCACCACCACCACCACCAGCAUCCACAUCAUCCGCAGCACCACGUCGGGGUGAGCCAUGACGCUCAGUCCGACGAGGAUACGCCAACCUCGGACGACCUAGAGCACUUCGCUAAACAGUUCAAACAGCGCAGGAUCAAACUGGGCUUUACACAAGCGGACGUGGGAUUGGCGCUGGGCACCCUGUACGGAAACGUCUUCUCACAGACCACGAUAUGCAGGUUCGAGGCCCUGCAGCUGAGCUUCAAGAACAUGUGCAAGCUGAAGCCGCUGCUCAACAAAUGGCUGGAGGAAGCUGAUUCGACCACCGGUAGCCCUACCAGCAUCGAUAAGAUCGCGGCGCAGGGCAGGAAGAGGAAAAAGCGCACGUCCAUCGAGGUGAGCGUCAAAGGAGCUUUGGAGAGCCACUUUCUCAAAAGCCCCAAACCAGCAGCCCAGGAGAUCACCUCUCUGGCGGACAGUCUGCAGCUGGAGAAGGAGGUGGUCCGGGUCUGGUUCUGCAACCGCAGGCAGAAGGAGAAGAGGAUGACGCCACCGGGGCUGCCACACAGCCCGGAGGACGAGUACUCUCAGGUCGACAACAUGAGCGCAGGCACACCGUCACCUUCCAUGGACUGCAAGCGAAUGUUCAGCGAUACGUGAGAAAUAAACAGAACACCGAACAAUAAUAUUUUGGAGGGCUGAAAUAAGACACUGUCAGAGCUGAGAAAAUACUAGCAAGAUAAAUGAUAUUUUACGUGUGCCAAGCGGGAACAGUUACUUUUAGGCCUACAUGAAACAAUGAAACAAAACAAAAAUCUUACCCAUCCACAUUACUCCAUCCUGACCUGACUGGUAUUUUCUCUUAGGAAAGUUAGAAAUUAAAACAUGCGAUAUUAGGCAACACAUUGUCGAAUGGACAAUCUUAAUCCGUUUUUAGCCUGUUAUAUAUUACAAUAAAAUGUGUGUGUGUGUGUGUGUGUUUCACAAACUACAUCUUUCCCUUUUAUUUUAUUUUGAACCAAAAUGAUUGUUUCAGUUCUCUGCCCCAUCUUUGGCCCCAUGUGAAAGACAACGAUACGCUUUAACAUCUCCCCAUGAUCGCCCUUGUUAUUUUGUAAUAUUUCAUAUUGUGUGGCCCUAUUUUAGAACAAACUAAAUCAACGACUCUUUUUUUUUGCAGCACUAAUUGUUAUUGGAAAUGAUCCCUUCUGCAGUUGAAGGGGGUCGCAUUACAUUCCCACUUAUAUGCUUUUGUUUUGUUUUUACAAACAAGUUAUGAUAGAAUAUUUUUAAGAAUCUGAAUCUUUUUCACCAUGCUGACCUUCUGUUCUAAUGCUACCAUAUAAUUCAUGUACUAUAAUGAGCAAUACUUUAUUUACCCCCAACUUUACAUUAUGUGGUAUUGCUAACUUAACCCUUUUAUUCACGUUUGUUAUGAUUAGACUGUUAUUGCAGUGAUGAUGAUGAUAGGCCUAUGCCUGCCUACAUGUUAUGUUCAAAGGAGCACGAAUUCCCAAAAGCUGACGUCAUUGUUGUUUGUUAUAGCCUUGUAUACUUCUAUGUGAUGAUUUUGACAGUAGCCUAAUAUAUUUUAAAUGGUUAUUUCAUGAAGGAUUAUUGAGAACAAUAAAUUUGUCAUAACGGAUA